ACCAUGAGCCUCUUGUCCUUUGAGUCUCUCUGCACAUUGCUGCUUUCCCAAGUUUUGCUGGUGUUGGGUAUGCAAGAAAUUCAUGCUGACCAGGAAAUGGUUGACAAGAUCUCAGCUGCUGGCCAGUUGAUGCAGUGCUCUGCUUCCUUAGAUGUCCUUUUCCUCUUGGAUGGCUCCUACAGCAUUGGCAAAGGAAGCUUUGAAAGGUCUAAGCACUUUGCAGGCAAGCUCUGUGAUGCCUUCAACAUCCAUCCAGACAGGGUCCGUGUGGGAAUGAUACAGUUUAGCUCAACUCCCCACCUUGAAUUCCCCCUGGAUUCUUAUCUGACCAAACAAGAUCUGAAAGAGAGAAUCAAGAGGGUGGUGUUCAGAGGUGGGAGCACAGAGACAGGUCGGGCUCUGAAGUAUGUUCUCCACAAGGGAUUCCCUGGUGGCCGAAACUCAAGUGUCCCCCAGGUCCUGAUCAUCAUUUCUGAUGGGAAGUCCCAGGACAGUACAGCAAUGCCUGCAAUGCAAGUGAAGGAGAGACACAUCAUGGUUUUUGCAGUGGGAAUUAAGUUUCCAAGGUGGGAGGAGCUGUAUGUGCUGGCUAGCGAGCCUGCUGAGCGGCACGUCCUCUUUGCUGGAGAUGCCAAUGAUGCUGCCAACGGCCUAUACAGCACCCUCACUGGUUCUGUCUGCAGCACCACUGCUCCAGGCUGCAAAGUUGAAUCCCACCCCUGUGAACGCAGGACCCUGGAGACAGUGAAAGAGCUGGCUGGAAACUAUGUGUGUUGGAAAGGCUCAAAGCAGCCAAAUGCAGUGCAGGCUUCACUCUGCCCUUUCUACAGGUGGAAGAAAGUCUUGAUAAAACACCCAUCGAGGUGCUUCCGGACCGUAUGUCCAGACCCUUGUGAUUCCCAGCCAUGUCAGAAUGGAGGCACAUGUGUCCCAGAGGGACUGGACAAAUACCACUGCCUCUGCCUGGUGGGGUAUGGAGGAGACGUCCACUGCGCACCAAAGCUGAGCCUCGAGUGCAGCGUGGAUCUCCUUUUCCUGAUGGACAGCUCAGCAGGGGUCACGCUGGAAGGAUUCCUGCGCUACAAAGCAUUCCUCAAGAGGUUCCUGCAAGCGGUGAUGGGCCAGGACUCGACAACAAAUGUGGGGGUGGCCCAGUACAGUAAUGAUGUCAGGAUACCCAUCCAAGUGGGCCAACACAAGGAUGCAUUCAGCCUCAUGAAGAGCAUUGAUGGUUUGAAUUUCAGUGGAGGAGGAACCCUGACAGGCAGAGCCCUGCAGUACAUCGCAGAGCACGGAUUUAGGAGCAGUCCAGUCUUUGCAGACAAGCAGGAUAACCUCCCACGUGUCGUUGUCUUGCUCACUGACUCCAAGUCCCAGGAUUCGGUGGCAGAAGUUGCUGAGAACAUGAGGGAACGAGAUCUCUUCCUGAUUGGUGUAGGCAGCAGCUUCAUGAGAGCAGAGCUGACCAAGGUGACUGGCAAUCCAAAGCAGACCAUCGUCUACUCAGACCCCCAGGACUUGUUCAACAGGAUCCCACAGCUGCAGAGAAGAAUAUGCAGUGUGGGCAGUCCUGAAGGCUGCCAGGCACAGUCUCUGGAUUUGGUGUUUGCAGUGGAUGCCUCGGCUGGAGUUGGCCUGGAGAAUUUCCUGCGGCUGAGAGGCUUUGCCAGGAGCAGCUCUCUGCACUUCAGUGUCAACCGGGACGUCACCCAGCUUGCCCUGGUGGUCUAUGGCAGCAGAGCUCACACUGUGUUUGCUUUGGACACCCACACCAGCGGCGCAGCUGUCCUCCAAGCCAUCAGCCAGGGGUCUUUCCUCGGGGGCUCGGCCUCUGCUGGCGGCGCCUUGCUGCACGUCUUUGGUGACGUGAUGACCGUGCGGAAAGGAGCGAGGCCUGGUGUCAGCAAGGUCGUGGUGGUGCUCACAAAUGGAGGGGGCAUGGAGGAUGCGGCUGCCCCAGCUCAGCAGCUCAGGCACAACGGCAUCUUGGUGUUUGUGGUUGCCAUUGGGGAUGCGCGGAGGGACGUGCUGCUGAGGGUUGCUGGGUCUCCCGACUACCUGGUCCACAUCUCCUCCUAUGAAGACCUGCAGCACUACCAAGACCUCAUCAUCGAAAGAAUCUGUGAAGAAGCAAAAAGCCCUGUGAACCUGUGCAAACCCAACCCCUGCAUGAACCAGGGUGUAUGCAUCCUUGGGCCUGGGAGCUACCAGUGCCAAUGCCACGGCUGGGAAGGACCCCACUGUGAGAGCAGAGUUCUGCGAGGUGAUUCUCCAAGGUCCCUGCUCCCUCCUGCACGCUCCCAGGCGCAGUGGCGUUCGGGUGGCUUGCGGCGCUUCCCCAGAGCCUCACCGCACACCAAAAGACACAGGGGCCACAGACACUGA